UUUCCGGUGAAUGCGCCAAACCGAGCUACUGUUUACUGCUGAGAGAAAAAAAACAACAACGCUGCUUAAAGAUAAUUCCGUUUAACACUGUUGGAGAGUUAAACCUUCCGCCUCUGACAAAAAAACAAACAGGUCGUUUUCUGACCUGAGUAAAGGGCGUGUGUAUGUGUGUCUGAGAGUGUCUGCGUGCGUGUAUGUGUGCAUAAAGCCAUGGUGGAAUAUUACCAGAUAUUAGGAGUACCCAAAGAAGCCAGUCCGGAUGACAUCAAGAAAGCGUACAGGAAACUGGCCCUGAAGUGGCAUCCGGAUAAAAACCCCGACAACAAGGACGAGGCAGAGACGAGGUUUAAAGAAAUCUCCGAGGCGUAUGAAGUCCUUUCAGAUGCCAAUAAGCGGAGUGUGUACGAUCAGUAUGGUAAAGAAGGUCUGUCAGGCGGAGGAGCAGGACGCUACCAUAACGGUGACGCCUUCCAGGGUUUCACAUUCCGUAAUCCCGAAGACGUCUUCAGGGAUUUCUUCGGUGGUCGCGACCCUUUCGCUGAUUUCUUUGGAGACGAUCCAUUCGGAGACGAUUUCUUUGGCGGGGGUCGGCGGCAGCAGCAGCGCGGGAUGAGCAGAAGCCGGACAGGCGGCUCCUUCUUCUCUGGUGGAUUUGGAGGGUUCGGGGGUUUCGGCGGCUUCCCGUCUUUUGCACCAACGUUCACAUCGUUCGAUACAGGUUUCGGCUCUUAUGGUCACAUGGGGCAGAUGGGCGGAGGCGGAUUCACGGCCUUCUCUUCCAGCUCGUUCGGUGGCGGAGGAGGGGGCGGGGGCAGCGGGAUGGGGAACUUCCGCUCCGUGUCCACGUCCACCAAAUAUGUUAACGGCAGAAAAAUCACCACGAAAAGAAUCGUAGAGAACGGACAGGAGCGAGUGGAAGUCGAGGAAGACGGGCAGUUAAAAUCGCUAACUAUAAAUGGUAAGGAACAGCUGCUGCGACUGGAGCACAAGUAAGCACAGUUAGGACUAUAAACAUCCAUGUGCUUUUCCCCUCUUCUUAGCGUAACUAGACGACCAUUAUCAUACCAUUUCUUGUUAGCGUUUUUUGUUUUUUUAUUGUUAUUAUUAUUAUUAUUAUUAUUAAUAACGAAUUUCUUUGUUAAACUAUUUAUGAAGCUGAAUGUCAGUAUUUGGUACGGGGGUGCUAUUACUUUCUUUUAGGGACCAUGGUGUAAAGUUCUUUUUAUUUUUUUUCCUCUACACUCCGGAUGCACUUUGCUGUGUUGAACUUGAAUGCUAAUUGCUGUUUGUGUACUGCUUUUGAGCUAAAAAUGAUUAACAAACGAACCGAGAGAGAAAGAGAGGCACCGUGUGUUUAACAGGCAUGAGUUCACCUUUUUUAAUCUGACUCGAGUUAAUAAUCCUCAGUUUUCUUUAGAACCCUGUUAAUAAGCUCGUCUCGUUCUCAUCUCAUGUACACACUAGUAGAGUGUUGGACCAACUGUACUGAUAUGCAGUCUUAUUAUUAUUAUUAUUAUUAUUAUUAUUAUUGUUUUGUUUAAAUGAGUGUUUUCAUUAGUAUCUGUACACCAGCCAAUGAUGUUCUUAGUCUUAUUGUUGUCAUGGAAACGAGUCUAUAGGCUCGAGGUGUAAGUGAUACACUUAAUGAAUUUUGUGGACUUUGUACGCAAAUUUCAAAAAAAAUCAAUAAAUGUGAGUUUCAUCCUUUUUUGAGGAUGCGGCA